UGCUGCAGUUGCAGAAGCCUGCCCAGGAGCUGCCCUAAGUGCAGUGAGGAGUGGCAGGGCUGCUCUGGGGCUACCCUGCAGAAAUGCUGCUGGACUCCCAGGCUGGCACAGGGAGGCUCACGUCAGACACCUACCCGGCAAGGCUCCUGGAGGGGCUCGGCAGCCUCCGCUCGCAGCGUGCGCUGUGCGAUGUGAUGCUGGAGGCAGAAGGGGUUUGCUUUCCUGCCCACAAGGUGCUUUUAGCAGCAGCAAGCAGUUACUGCAAGGUCCUGUUUGCUGGAGACUCGACAACAGUGAGGAGCCCAGCUGGUAACAUCCAACUGAAAGCUGUCAGUGCUGCUGGACUGAGGAACGUUCUCAACUUCAUCUACUCCAACAAACUAGACCUCUCCUUAGGGAAUAUUGAGGAGACCUUCAAAGCUGCAGAAGCCCUCCUGGUUCGGGAGGUGAUCAAGCUGUGCUUUGGCUUUCUUGAGGGCUGCUUAAACCCUGAGAACUGCAGGGACAUCCUUACCAUUGCCAAGAGGCUGGGCCCCACAGAGCUGAGGCAGAGAGCCAUGUGCUACGUCGGGCAGCACUACAAACAGAUCUUGGCUGAUCCUCAGUGCUUGAAAGAUCUGGAUCGAGGAACUCUCUGUCAAAUUUUAGACGGGACUGACACUGAGGGGUGCAGCGAGCUGGAGCUGCUCCGAGCCGCCCUGAGCUGGCUGCAGCACGACCGUGCGCGGCUGAAGGAUGCCGCGGAUGUUUUGGGGCGCAUCAGAUUCCCUCUCAUCCCUCUGUGGGACCUGCAGAGGUAUGUCCAGGAUAUGCCUCUUACAAGGCUGGAUUUGGGCUGCCACAGGUACCUACAGGAGGCUCUGAGUUACCACUGCCAGCUGUAUGCUCAGCCAGUGCUGCAGACACAGCGCACGAGGCUCCGUUCCCGCUCUGCUGUGCUGCUGGUUGCUGGUGGCAGAACCACUGACAACUGUGUGUGCAGGGAGAUGUGGGCUGCAGACCAGAGAUGCAGUGCCUGGCACAAGGUGGGGGACCUCUGUGUGCCAGUGUACAACCACUGCAUUGUUGUCAUCAAUGACUUCCUGUUUGUCAUUGGGGGACAGAGCAAAUUUGAUCCCACAGGAAAGCAGCCCUCAAACAAGGUGUUCCGCUUCGACCCGCGGCACUCCUGCUGGCUGCAGGUGGCCAGCCUGCUGCAGCGGCGGACGCGCUUCCAUGCUGCUGCGCUGGCUGACUGCAUCCUUGCUGUGGGUGGUGGGACACUGCUGGGGACCCUCACCUGCACCGUGGAACUCUACCAGCCUGCUGCCAACCAGUGGGAGUUCACAGCUCCCUUCCCCAUGCCUAUUGCUGAUCACGCAGGCACUACCCACAAGGGAAUCCUCUACAUUUCAGGGGGCUUCUCUGGAGGUAAAACCUUGCGGGACACUUACAGCUUCCUCCCUGGCCUGCGCCGCUGGGUUGGCAACAGUGCCAUGGCCUUCACCCGCUGUGACCACGGCAUGGCUGCAGCUGGGGACAGCCUCUUCUGCAUUGGGGGAAGGACACUCAAAAGAGUGGGGGAAUGGGUUCAGGUGAACCAGACGGAGCGGUACUGCCCUGCCAGCAACCAGUGGACCACGCUGACGCUGUCCCCGCUCAGCUGCUGCCAGUUCAGCCUCACAGCCCAUGGCAGCACGCUCUACCUGGUGGGAGGGGGCUCACUGCAGCACAUGCAGAAGGAGGACACCGUCCUCCUCUACAACACUGAGGCACAGGUAUGGACAAAGGCCACUCCCCUGCCCACAGCUCUGGUGGAUCAUGUCUCUUGCAUGAUCACUGUCUCAAGUGAGCACAGGUGGCAAGCUGGGCAGGGACACAAAGGACCUCCUGUGGGCAGGGAGAAGAAAUUCACCCUCAGCUGCCUCAUCACAAAAGGACAAGAUCCCCACUCUGCCUCAGAAGAGAAGUAGGGUGUGAAGACAUCAAGGAGAGCUGACAGGGUAUGCCAACAAGUUACCAUUUUAACGUUUUACAGCUGCCAGGCAAGUGUCUGUACCAGUGAGGUGGAACUGGGACAGUUCUGACUUGGAGCCAUCCUGGCAAUAUGCACAAUGUGCAAAAGAAAAUAAACCAGUAGUUGCCAACCCUGCUGAGCUGCAUGAAACCUAAAGGAAUUCCUUCAACCAAUUUUCUGGCAUUCAGAACCUGUUUCUCUGAACUAUGACCAAGGCAGAACUUGCUUUUAGUGAGCAAACUGGAAGACUUCUCACAAAAUCUUUCAAAGAGCUCCAAUAUUUUCCUUACAAAUGCUCCUGGCUGACAGAUGAGGCACUGACAGAGACAGAUGUGGCUGAUGUAUGUAAGGUGGCCUUGCCACCGUGACAGAGCACAGGGCACGGUGCUGACAACCUUGUCCUCAACAAGCACACCUGGAAAGUUCCUUCACUGAAUGUGCAACUUCCUGGGGCAGAGCACAGUAAAGCUUUAGAAGAGAACCAGGUAUCUCAGGAGGCUAAAGGGCUGCUGAGCAAUCUGAGAAGGAUAGGUUUGGAAAGGGGAGAGGGCCACCCUGGCAAAGCCAGUACGAGGCACAACCACCCAGUGGGAGAUGGGGGAUGGUCACAGCAGUUCCUGUGAUGCAGGACCCACACAACAAUGCAGCAGCUCUGCUUGCAGGGCCUCAAAAGACCAAGAUAGUCCCAGGA